AUGGAUGCAGAAGCAAGUAAAACGAAUGGAAUUCAGGGCCAAAACUCUGUACCUAACAGUGAAGGUUAUUUUGCAGAGGCUGAGUCACUUGAAGAAACUGAAAAUGCCCCAUCUUUACAGAUUUUGGACAGUAGAACAGAAGAAAUUACUGAGAAAAGCGGACAGUUUGAGUAUGAUGGGUUGAACUUCCAAAAUAUGAGCAUUGCUGAUUUAGCGGAGAGAGAGUUUGCAAAAUUUGAGGAAGCAGAAAGAUUUUACUGCAACUAUGCUCUUGCAAUUGGUUUUAGCAUAAGAAGAAGUCGUUUGAGACGUAGUGAGGGUGGGGUUGUGAUGGGAAGACAAUGGGUGUGCUCAAAAGAAGGGAGUAGAUCAAAGAAAUGGACGAAUAGAGAUAAUAUGGUUCGUACACCAAGGAAAGAGACUAGAGAGAAUUGCCACGCUACAUUUGCUGUGAAGUAUUGUCCUAAACGGGAUGCUUAUAUUGUGACUAAAUUUGUAACGGAGCACAGCCACCGACUUGCUAACUCUCGUGAGGUGCCUUUUCUUCGUUCGCACCGGUGUGUUACGGAAUCUAACAUAGCACAAUCUAUGUCUAUGAGAAAAGCCUCUAUUAAAACCAAUCGGACAUACGACUAUAUGGUUGACCAAGCAGGUGGAUACAUGAAAGUGGGGUUCACCAGUAAGGAUCUAUAUAACAGGAUCGAUUUCGAGCGUCGACAAGUAGUAUUGGAUGGUGAUGCAGAAGCAGCAAUAAGCUACAUGAAUGCCUGGACAUUAGGAAAGUAA